GCGAACUUCCCCGUGGCGUGAGGGUGCGAGUGCCAAGCGAGGUGCCAAGGGAUAGGAGGACCUCACUGGGCAUCCUUGUGACACAGUAGUGACGUGUCCGUGCCCUAGAAACGCUCUAAACUGAUACAUCGGGCCAUGGCUCACGUGAGACUAAAACUGUGUGUGGUAAUACUUGGCAUUUGCUGGUCAUUACUGCUGGUGUAUGUGAUGUCCUCCUUGAAAUGGCAACCGGGAGAUAUUAAUGCUGCUCAGCACAUGGCACAAGCAGGUGAAAAGGCAAACAUUCCCAUGGCAAGAGCUGCAAAAAGUAAAAUAUUGAUCAAGGAGAUAUUAGAUGCAAUAAAGUUAAGCAAUAACAGCAAGACAAAAAACAUUAAUACAACAUCACUGAAAGACCUUGUUAUACCCACUAAAAGGAAUGAAACAAAAAAAUCAGAAUCUGCAAUUAAUGUGGUAGUCUCAGGGGAUGAAGAGACCUUACUGGGAGUAAUGGCAGUGAUCAACAGCGUAGUUGCAAAUACAAAGUCUGCUGUCCACUUUUAUGUUACUCUACCAAAGAUUGUCAUUCCGGACUUCAGGAAAUGGAUACUGAAAACGAAACUCCACAAAAUAAACUACACCAUCCGGCCGCAUUCACCAGAAAUGCCGAAAGGGAAGCCGCACUUCGCCAAGAUCUAUCUCUUCUCGAUUUUCCCCGAAUUGGAGGGCAAAUUUGUGUACCUGGACUCCGAUGUUAUUGUACAGGGUAACAUUAAGGAGUUGAAUAAUGUCCCAUUGGAUGCAAAUCACCUGGGAGCCUUCUCUGAGGAUUGCACCUCAGUGUCCAAACGCUUCAACAUGGCAAAACCCCGCUACUCAACACACAUAAACCUCCAACACCCGAAACUCAAAGGAAACAAAAUUAAGCCUAUGGCAUGCACAUUCAACACUAAUGUGUUUGUAGCUAAUAUGACCAAGUGGAAGGUAGAAAAUGUUACCAUGCAGUUGAUGGAUUGGGUGAUGAGUAGUAGUAGAAGACAACCCAUCUAUGGACAGGAACCUGAAACAGAUGAAGCUGAAGCAGCAAUGUUGAUUGUCCUUUAUCACAAGACGGUUCAGUUACCACAUCUUUGGCAUGUUGGUGACUUGGGUGUUACAGCAGGAGCCAGUUACUCCAGGGAGUUUAUCACCACGGCUAAAUUGCUGCACUGGAAUGGCCACUUCAAGCCCUGGUCUCGAAGAGCAGCAUUUAUCGAGGUGUGGAUGAAAUACUACAUACCUGACCCAGACAAGAAAUAUAAGCCAAUUCGGAAAUACCUGUAGAAAAUUUAGUGCAUUAUGGUUGAUCUGAUUUUAAGUAGAAUCAGUUAUUAUAAAUCUGCAUAGAUUAGAAGAAAGCUGAUAUCACCUGAUUCAAAAAUUAUAUUCUGAUCAUGAUAUACUAAUAUUUUUUAGAAUCUA